GAGAGAGAGGGAGAGACACUUGUGGACAGCUUGUCCACCUUGUUAUUCCCUUCCCAGCACCAGAAUGCAUUUCUGCCGAUCUGCUGACCUGUGGCUUUGUCUCUGAAUGCACGUCACAAUCUGACCUACUCCUCAUCUAGCAACUCUUCCACAGAGGACAGAGCAACCAGCCUUCAUUCUGGAGGAAAAGGUCCCAGUCGAGCCCAGCAGGGGGGAUGGAGGCGGCAGUCCGGCCUCUCUGCUUUUGACCCAGGCAGAGACCUCUGGACCCUGGCACAGCGAGAGUCUGCUAGCAGAGUCCUGGUCCACGAUGGGUGACAUGGACCCUGAGGACACCAAGAGCCUCGACAGCAACGACGGGCCCGUUUUAGCCGGAGACGAGAAUCACUCCUCCAACUCCGACAUGGUGCACCUGGAGCGGGAGGAGGCGGAGAUGCUGGAGGAGACCGAGGGGAGGAGAUGGAGGGACGAGGACGAGGAGCUGCAGGCAAGCGUUCUGAGCUUGCUCAGUGUGGAGAGGGAGCUGGCGGAGCCGGACCUCCAAGCUCCAGAGGCGAAAGAGCUGCUGGUGUCUGCGGAGGAGCCUCAUGAAGAGUUCAGGCACGUUGUUCCCCCGAUGGCGCUGCCUCUGCUGCCCAUUCUCAAACUGGAUCCCCCCUCCACGACGACCACACCAGUCCCUUCAACCACAGCCUCCGAAGUGGAGGAGCACUAUUCCACGCUGGGCCUCCACCCUCCGUCCAUCCUGUCGCCGAAGGCUCCAGAGCUUCAAACAGAAGAAAGUCCAGAAGCUAAAUUCUCACAGAUUCCCCUUCAGGAUGAUGGAGAACAUUCAGUUAAAGCAGCCGCUGCACAUAAGACCAAAUCUCUGAGCUCCUCCGAGCUUCUGUUUGGAGGCGCUGCGCUAGUGGCCAUCGUAGGAGUGGUGGCUUAUGGAGCUGUAGUCUACUGCAAAAAGUAGAAAAACGCAUUUUGACUUGUGUCUUUUCAGUUCUCAGAUGUAUUCCUGCUGAAUUAUUCCCAUUUCCUUUCUGAAUUCUGCAGUUAAAUUAGAUUUUGUAGAAGAAUGUAACACUACCUCGGCUCACAGAAGCCUUUUUUCUGUUUAAUCUAUGAAGAAAACUGACAAAGGAAACUGAAAUCAGGUUGAUCAUGUUUGGAAAAGCAUCUAUCAGCACCAGAGAGCAGCAUAUAGAUAAAAAUGAAGACAACCAGCACAUUUCUCUAAAUGUCAUACAUCUUGCAACGUGUGUUCAUGUUUUUUUCUGUUUCUGUGUCAAACUCCGGAGCCAAAUCCGGCUUUUUAUGCGCCAUCAAGUUACAUCAAUCUGUCCCCCUAGUUUUUCAAGAAGAACUGUGGAAAUUUACGCAAAAUAACAGAAAUCCCUGCUAAUGUCUAAUUUUGAAUUUAUUGCAAAUUGUUUUGCAGAAAAUGGGUCAAAAUUUUGGGUUUAAGGGAUGCCAACUCCCACCUUCAGGGGGCAGUGUUUCGUACUUUUACUCCACUGAUGCCUUGACCUUACUUGAACUCAAGUUACAGUCCAUGAUUGAUUUGGCGAGUAAUUAAAAGUCACAUUUGUCAUACAUAACCACAAAUAUUGCAAGGAAAUAUCAUAUAAUCUAUCAUUUUGAUUGCAAAAAACCCAGAAAAACAAUUGUGAAAUCCUGGAGGGACUAAUCGAUGUGAAAAGAUGCUCAAUUUGAUUUAAUUUAAAUGCAGAGACAGCUGUUUAUUGACAUUGUUAAUGGUUUUUAUCAAACCAUUCUGGCACAACUGGCCUUUUAAGCAUGUUCAUGAUUUUUAUAAGGAACAAAAUCAAAAUGAGUUUGAUACCACUGAUCUGGAGUUCGUGAAUGUAUUCCCUUUUGGAUCUGAUUACAGCUGAAUGUGUAGCAUGUGUUUAAUGUUAUAACAUGUAAAUCUCUUGGGUUUACAAAGCAUUCAAAAUUAUCAUACCCAUUAAAACAUUUUUACAUUCUGCUUUGUGCUUUACUGGGAUAAUAAUACAACGUGCAACAACAAAGCAGACCACACUGGUAACAUUUUAUACUAUUAAAAAUCAGAAAAAGCGUCCUGUGAUUUUUUUUAACAAUCUUCUUUUUCUACUUGAUUUUCCUAAAUAAAAGCCACUGCAACCGACUUUUAAAGGAAAUCCCCUCGCUAGUAAACAGAGUCCACUUGUGUCAUUUAAUCUCUGAAUGAAUUUAUCAUAUUUAGAGAACAACCAGGAACACAGCAGAGACAUCAGAGAGAAAGUUGUUUAAAGCAGGAUUAGGUAAUAAAAUCCCCAAAGUUUAAGGACGUGCAAAAGUUUAUGGGGCGUGGAUGCAUUUCUAUGAAAAUGUUAAAAAUGAAUACAAAUAUUUUAAUUAUAGCAAAAAGCAAUAGACAUAUAAACAUUUAAUUAGCAGAGAUGUUUAAAUCCUGUCGUCUGCACCAUGUGAAUUCAGCACAGAUGAGGCACCAUAAGCGGUAAAAUCCCAGUUUAGAGUUUUAUUGCAGCUUUGUGUGUUGGUUCAGUGAACAACCGUUAUCCAAAUCCUCAGGCAGGAAACCACUGGAACAGAUAACCAAAUGUGUGUGAAGCUCCUGGUGUCAGAGCAGGAAAUUUAAAACACUCGAUUUAAGUGUUGAGGACAUGCACAGAUUAGACACAAACUAAGAGAGAACAUUUUGAUUUUUUUUUUAUGCAAAACAAACACAAUUAUGCUAAUUUACUAGAAAACCCGGAACAACUAGGAGAUGCUAUUAUUUCUUUAUAGUUCAUGUAGUUUGAAUGUCUGUUUUUCUUCGUUUUCACCCAUAUUCUGUCCAAAACACUUAAUACUAUGAAACGGUGUGUGCAGUACUUUAAAUCUGUUUUAAGGAAUGAUUUUUGUUGGAUCAGUCUCUUAAUAUCUACUUCCUUUUCUCAGCCAAUGUUAAAUUACAUCUUCAGGUACUUUGAUCAUAAACACUACAUUGUUUUUCUUAGUUCACUCUGUGAAAAAUACCUAAGCUAAUACAAAUGGACAUAAAAUAAAAUUUUAGCUGCUG